GCUGCCGCCGCCGCCGCCGCCGCCGUCGCCGCCAUUUUCCCAGAGCGAGAAGCAGUGACACUGAGCGGGCGCAGGGGGCCGAGUCGGAGAUCGAGUCUGAGUUCGGGAGCAGCAGCAGAGGGGGCAUAGACACUCGGAGCAGAGCAGCCUCGCCGUCUCCUCAGCGUUCCUGCCGCGGCCCGCAGUGCCCGACUCCUGGGUUCCCACAGAAGACGCUGUGCGCUGCUGCUUGGGGAGGGGGUGUGGAGCCGCUUGUGCGUCCGCAGUGGCUGUCGUCGGGGGUCGUCUGAGCGCUGAGGUGUGGAGAGACUCGCCCGGGGUCGAGCCGAUCGCAGGGUUCAGUUGUCUAGUGUGUGAACAUCACAGGUCUGUUCUGGAUAGCAGGUUUUGUGAAGACAUUUAUUCUUUCUUGGACCUCAGAUUUCCCAGACAUCUCAUGGGUUUGUGGAUGCACUUAGAUGUUUGCAAUGAGCACUGUGGCUGGCAUGCCCCAGUAUUUUGGAUACCAAUGCAUAGGACUCCAUAGUAAUCGAAUUUACCAGAGGCGAACGUCAUGAGCAUAGCGAUCCCAUUGGGGGUUGAUACAAUAGAAACAUCAUACUUGGAAAUGGCUGCAGGCUCAGAACCAGAAUCCGUAGAAGCUAGCCCUGUGGUAGUUGAGAAAUCCAACAGUUACCCCCACCAGCUAUACACCAGCAGCUCCCAUCACUCACACAGUUACAUUGGUUUGCCCUAUGCGGACCAUAAUUAUGGUGCUCGUCCUCCUCCAACUCCUCCAGCAUCCCCUCCUCCAUCAGGUCUCAUUAGCAAAAACGAAGUAGGCAUAUUUACCACUCCUAAUUUUGAUGAGACUUCUAGUGCUACUACAAUCAGCACAUCUGAAGAUGGAAGUUACGGUACUGAUGUAACCAGGUGCAUAUGUGGUUUUACACAUGAUGACGGAUACAUGAUCUGUUGUGACAAAUGCAGUGUUUGGCAACAUAUUGACUGCAUGGGGAUUGACAGGCAGCACAUUCCUGAUACAUAUCUAUGUGAACGUUGUCAGCCCAGGAAUCUGGAUAAAGAGAGGGCCGUGCUAUUACAACGCCGGAAAAGAGAAAAUAUGUCAGAUGGUGACACCAGUGCCACUGAGAGUGGCGAUGAAGUUCCUGUGGAGUUAUACACUGCAUUUCAGCACACCCCAACUUCAGUCACUUUAACUGCUUCCAGAGCUCCCAGGGUCACUGAUAAAAGAAGAAAAAAAAGUGGGGACAAAGAACAAAACUUUUCAAAAUGUAAAAAGGCCUUUCGUGAAGGAUCUAGGAAGUCAUCAAGAGUUAAGGGUUCAGCACCAGAAAUUGAUCCUUCAUCUGAUGGUUCAAAUUUUGUAUGGGAGACAAAAAUCAAAGCAUGGAUGGAUCGAUAUGAAGAAGCAAAUAAUAACCAGUAUAGUGAAGGUGUUCAGCGGGAGGCACAGAGAAUAGCUCAAAGACUGGGCAGUGCGGCUGACAGCAAAGAUGUGAACAAACCAGAACUAAGUACCAACAGUGCACUCUUCAAACCUCCUGUAGAGAGCCAUAUACAGAAGAAUAAAAAAAUUCUGAAAUCUGCCAAAGAUCUGCCUCCAGAUGCACUUAUCAUAGAAUACAGAGGGAAGUUUAUGCUCAGAGAACAGUUUGAAGCAAAUGGAUAUUUCUUUAAAAGGCCGUACCCUUUUGUUUUAUUCUACUCUAAGUUUCAUGGGCUAGAAAUGUGUGUUGAUGCGAGGACUUUUGGGAAUGAGGCUCGAUUCAUCAGGCGCUCUUGUACACCCAAUGCAGAGGUGAGGCAUGAAAUUGAAGAGGGAACCAUCCAUCUCUACAUUUAUUCUAUACAGAAUAUUCCUAAAGGGACUGAAAUUACUAUUGCCUUUGAUUUUGACUAUGGGAAUUGUAAAUACAAGGUGGACUGUGCAUGCCUCAAGGAGAAUCCAGAGUGCCCCGUUCUAAAGCGCAGCUCAGAAUCCACAGAAAACAUCAAUAGUGGUUAUGAGACCAGAAGAAAGAAAGGGAAAAAGGAGAAAGAUAUUUCAAAAGAAAAAGAUAUACAAAAUCAGAAUAUGACUUUGGAUUGUGAAGGAACAAACAACAAAAUGAAGAGUCCAGAAACCAAACAGAGAAAGCUUUCUCCACUGAGACUGUCGGUGUCAAACAAUCAGGAACCAGAUUAUAUUGAUGAUAUGGAAGAGAAAACUCCUAUUAGCAAUGAAGUAGAAAUGGAGUCUGAGGAGCAGAUCGCAGAGAGGAGGAGGAAGAUGACAAGAGAAGAAAGAAAAAUGGAAGCAAUUUUGCAAGCUUUUGCCAGACUUGAAAAAAGAGAGAAAAGACGAGAACAAGCUUUGGAAAGGAUCAGCACAGCUAGGACAGAAGUUAAGCCUGAAAGUAAAGAGUCGCAGAUUGUCACCGGUGCCGAAGUGGUCCAGGAACAAGUAAAAGAAGAAGCUGCUAUCAAGCCAACCCCUGCCAAAGUGAAUAGAACUAAGCAGAGAAAAAGCUUUUCUCGCAGUAGGACUCACAUUGGACAGCAACGUCGGAGACAUAGAACCGUCAGCAUGUGUUCAGACAUACAGCCAUCUUCUCCUGACGUUGAGGUUAUGCCACAACAGAAUGACAUUGAAAACACUGUACUUGCUAUAGAACCAGAAACUGAGACUGCAGUAGCAGAAAUAAUGACUGAUGCCGAAGUUCCAGCACUUAAUAAAUGUCCCACAAAGUACCCCAAAACAAAAAAGCACUUGGUCAAUGAAUGGUUAAGUGAGAAGAAUGAGAAGACAGGAAAACCUUCAGACAGCCUUUCAGAAAGGCCUCUGCGCAUAACUACAGAUCCAGAGGUGUUAGCUACACAGCUCAAUUCUUUGCCAGGUCUCACUUACAGCCCCCAUGUAUACUCUACUCCUAAGCAUUAUAUUAGAUUUACAUCACCAUUCCUUUCGGAAAAAAAGAGAAGAAAAGAAACUACUGAAAACAUUUCUGGCUCAUGCAAAAAGCGAUGGUUGAAACAAGCUCUGGAAGAAGAAAAUUCAACAAUUUUACAUAGAUAUCAUUCACCUUGUCAGGAAAGAUCCAGAAGCCCUACAGUUAAUGGUGAAAAUAAAAGUCCACUACUGUUAAGCGACAGCUGUUCCCUUCCAGAUUUAACAACACCACUAAAAAAACGAAGACUUUACCAACUGUUAGAGUCUGCUUACUCAGAAAGCUCCACCCCCACUCCUUCACCAUAUGCUACACCAACUCACACGGACAUCACCCCUACGGACACAGCAUUUGCCACUCCUCCACGGACCAAGUCAGAUGAUGAAACGUACAGAAAUGGUUAUAAACCCAUAUAUUCACCAGUGACCCCAGUGACUCCUGGCACACCAGGAAACACCAUGCACUUUGAGAAUAUUUCUUCCCCAGAAAGUUCUCCAGAAAUAAAGAGAAGCACUUAUAAUCAAGAGGGAUACGACCGACCUUCAACCAUGUUAACGUUGGGGCCUUUUAGAAAUUCCAACUUAACUGAGCUAGGCCUGCAAGAAAUAAAGACUAUUGGUUAUACCAGCCCUAGGAGUAGGACUGAAGUCAAUAGGCCAUGCCCAGGGGAAAAAGAAUCUGUGUCAGACCUUCAGCGGGGACUCGAUGCAGUCGAGCCAGCUGCCUUACAGAAAACCAUGGAAACACCAGCCCACGACCGGACUGAGCCCAACAGCCAACUGGAUUCGAGCCACGCUGGGCGAGGCACAAUGUAUUCUUCCUGGGUAAAGAGCCCUGACAGGACAGGGGUUAACUUCGCAGUAAACUCCAACUUGAGGGACUUAACACCCUCACAUCAGUUGGAGAUUGGAGGAGGCUUCCGAAUGAGUGAGUCCAAGUGCCUGAUGCAAGAUGAUGCUAGAGGCAUGUUUAUGGAAACAGCUGUCUUCUGUGCUUCUGAAGAUGGCCUGGUCUCUGGUUUUGGACGGACUGUUAAUGACAAUUUGAUCGACGGGAGUUGCACACCCCAGAAUCCUCCACAAAAGAAAAAGGUCUCUCUGUUAGAAUACCGUAAGAGACAACGUGAAGCUAGGAAAAGUGGUUCUAAGACAGAAAACUUUGCUUUGAUUAGCGUAUCACCUCAUCCAAGUGGGAACCCAAGCAACAGUGGCGAUGGGUGUGUCCAUGGUAAUGAAAACGGGGAGCAGGUAGAAAACCAGGCCAGCUUGCCUUUACCACCGCCAGCUGCCACCUACAACCCCUCUUCUGCAGAAGACAGCAGUCACUGUCCUGUUAGAGACACCAGUUCCAACGAGAAGACAGACCCAGAAGUUCAAUGGACUGCCUCCACUUCGGUGGAACAAGUGAGAGAAAGGAGUUACCAGAGAGCCUUACUGCUCAGCGACCACCGCAAGGAUAAAGACAGUGGGGGAGAGUCACCAUGUGUUUCAUGUUCACCGAGUCAUGUUCAGUCUUCACCUUCAUCUCAUUCAAAUCACAUUCCCCAGGUGCACGCUAAGAGCCUAGUCCCUUCUUUGAGUGAACUUACGGCAGACCCGGAUCCUGAAAAUACAGAACCCACAACUACCAGUGAAUGUCCAUCCCCUGACACUUCUCAGAGCCCCUCAAAAAUGAGCAAGCCUAGUUCACCAGGGCCGAUAAAUCCUGCCCCAUCACAUGGGAAAAUGCUAACAAAACCAGAAUCCCACUGGGAGGCAACAGUCACUGCAUCAUCAGAAGCCGAGAACAACCUUCACCUAAAACCAGAGCUGCAGCAAAUGCAGCUGUCAAACAACACCCCAGCACUUUCAAAGAACCAUCCUCCUCAGGCCCAUGUUCGCAACGCAAGUGAGCAACUGCCACAAAAGCUGCCUUCUGCACCAACAAAGUUGCACUGUCCUCCAUCACCUCACAUAGAAAACCCGCCCAAGUCCUCCACGCCUCACACACCUGUGCAGCAUGGUUACCUCUCACCAAAGCCUCCUUCACAGCAGUUAGGAUCUCCCUUCAGGCCUCACCAUUCACAGUCACCUCAAGUUGGAACUCCUCAACGAGAGACUCAGAGAAAUUUUUAUCCAGCAGCACAGAACCUUCAAGCCAAUACUCAGCAGGCAACUCCAGGAGCAUUAUUUACCCAGACACCCUCAGGACAAUCUUCAGCAACAUACAGUCAAUUUAACCAACAAAGUCUCAGCAGCACAGCACCACCCCCUCCUCCCCCUCCCCCGCCUUCUUCAUCGUACUAUCAAAGCCAGCAGCCCUCUGCAAACUGUCAGGGCUAUAACCAGCUGAAAGGUAGUCUUUCCCAGCAGCCUGUGUUUACAUCUGGACCAAAUCAAGCACUUCCUGGCACCACGAGCCAGCAAUCAGUUCCUGGACACCACGUUACUCCAGGGCAUUUUCUGCCAUCUCAGAACCCUGCUAUUCACCAUCAAGCUGCUGCUGCUGCUGCUGCUGCUGCUGCUGCUGCUGCUGCUGCUGCUGCUGCUGCUGCUGCUGCUGUGGUCCCACCCCCGCCUCCACCACCGCCUGCUCCAGGACCUCACCUUGUACAACAGCCAAACUCGCAUCAGCAGCACUCUGUAGCACAUGUAGUAGGGCCAGUUCAUGCUGUCACCCCUGGGUCACACAUUCAUUCUCAAACUGCUGGACAUCAUUUACCACCCCCUCCUCCACCUCCUGGUCCUGCCCCACAUCAUCAUCCACCGCCCCUUCCUUCCACAGGACUGCAAAGUCUACAAGCACAACACCAGCAUGUGGUAAACUCUGCACCCCCACCUCCACCCCCUCCUCCUCCUCCAGCCAGUGUUCUGGUCUCUGGGCAUCAUUCAACAUCAGGUCAAGCCUUACAUCACCCACCUCAUCAAGGACCUCCCCUUUUUCCUGCAAGUGCUCAUCCAGCUGUACCACCGUAUCCCUCACAAGCCGCACAUCAUACCACUUUGGGACCGGGACCCCAACACCAGCCUUCUGGAACAGGGCCACACUGUCCAUUACCAGUUGCAGGUCCUCAUCUCCAGCCCCAAGGACCAAACAGUAUUCCAACACCUUCUGCUUCAGGGUUCUGUCCUCAUCCUCACCCUGGCUCUGUGGCCCUACCACAUGGGGUACAAGGACCUCAACAGGCAUCCCCAGUGCCUGGACAGAUUCCAAUUCACAGAGCACAGGUGCCACCAACAUUUCAGAACAAUUACCACGGUUCAGGGUGGCAUUAAAAUGGACUCCAAUAACAUUUUUUAAAAUGUUCUGUAAGAUAAACUGUAUAUUUCAUAUGUACCUAUUAAGGUACUUUUUAAAGCUUGUACAUGAACCUUUGUAUAAAA